AUGCCUCUGUUCACGACGAACCCUUUUGAUCAAGAUGUGGAGAAGGCAACAAGUGAGAUGAACACGGCUGAGGACUGGGGCCUCAUCCUCGAUAUUUGUGAUAAGAUUGGACAGUCACGCACUGGGCCAAAGGAAUGCCUUCGCUCUGUUAUGAGACGGGUCAACCAUAAGGAUCCCCAUGUGGCCAUGCAAGCUCUCACUCUUCUCGGUGCUUGUGUCUCGAACUGCGGUAAGAUCUUUCAUUUGGAGGUGUGCUCUCGGGAGUUUGCCAGUGAAGUCAGUAGUGUUUUGAACAAGGGUCAUCCUAAAGUGUGUGAGAAGCUGAAGGCUCUCAUGGUGGAAUGGGCAGAAGAUUUCCGCAGUGACCCACAGUUGAGUCUGAUCUCGGCCAUGAUUAAAAACCUUCGAGAGCAAGGCGUCACUUUCCCCGCUGUGGGCUCUCAGGCUGCAGAACAAGCGAAAGCAAGUCCCGCCUUAGUGGCAAAAGAUCCUGCCACCGCAACAACCAAAAAAGAGGAGGAAGACCUGGCCAAAGCUAUCGAACUGUCCCUGAAGGAGCAGCGUCAUCAGCCUCAGAGCUCCCUGUCCACUCUGUACCCCAGCACCUCGCUCCUCUCAAACAAAUCUGACGGGAGAAAGGUCCGCGCCAUCUACGACUUUGAGGCCGCCGAGGACAACGAGCUCACGUUCAAGUCCGGAGAAAUCAUCACUAUUCUAGACGACAGUGAUCCAAACUGGUGGAAAGGGGAAACGUAUCAGGGAGUAGGGCUGUUUCCAUCAAACUUUGUAACGGCUGAUCUGACGGCCGAGCCCGAGAUGAUAAAGACAGAGAAGAAGUCAGUCCAGUUCAAUGAAGAAGUCCAGGUGGAGACUAUAGAGCCAGAACAAGAGCCUGUGUACAUUGACGAGGAUAAAAUGGACCAGCUUCUGCAGAUGAUCCAAAGUGCAGAUCCCACCGACAACCAAUCAGACAGCGUAGAACUCCUACAGUUAGAAGGUGCUUGUAACCAAAUGGGGCCGAUGAUUGACCAGAAGUUAGAGGAUACGGACCGGAAACACUCUGAGUUGUCGGAGCUUAAUGUAAAGGUGAUGGAGGGUCUGUCUUUGUACGCCAAGUUAAUGAACGAAGAUCCAGUUUAUGCCAUGUACGCCAAGCUGCAGAGCCAACAGUAUUACAUGCAGCAGCCGGGCAACCCCCCACAACAGGCGUACCCCGGCCCCCCAGCCUCAGGGUCUUAUGCCAUGAGCGGUCCCGCAGUCCAGGGUUACACUGUUCCUAUGGAGCAACUCCCAGCCGGAGCUCAGAUUCCUGGUCAACCAGCCCCUAGCGAUGUUCACAUGUACAUGGGACAGCCUCCGGUCUACUCGGCUCCCCCCGGCAGCAUGCCCCCCUCUGACGUCCAGUCGUACCAGACCCAAGCCACUGCCCUGGGACCAGCUCCAGGCCCCAACCCUCACUCACAAACUCCCCACUACAGCGCCCCCUCUGGUCAGAGCAUAGCACCUUCAGAUCCAGCACAAGCCCCGUACAUGGAGAAAGCCUUGCUAUAG